UGCUUCAUUAUCACCGCCUCCUUCCUUGAACACUUAUCAUAUUUUCUCCAACACUUCUCUCUUCUUCCUCCCUCCCUCAAAAAAUCUCAACCCAUCCAAAAAAACCCAUUUCCUUCAUUUCUCUCUCCAAAAUCCCCUUUAAUAUCCAUCUAUCUCCUCAAAUUUCAUUCACCUCGGUUUGCGUGUCAAAACUCCCUAAAAAACAGAGCUUUUCCUGCCAUUAAAAGAGCACAAAAAAAGGUUGGAUAUUUAUUUUUAAUACAGAAAAGAUGGUGCACCAUCAAAGAUACUAUCAAAUGAAGAAAGGAGGAGAAGGGUUAUUAGUUAAGAAUUUUAUCGUAGAUGAAGAAUCACAAAUUGGGAUUACUACUACUAUCAAUGGAAACUAUUUUAAGAGAGCAAUUCGACCAAAGCUUCUUUCUUUCCUCUUUCUAUCUCUUCUCUCUUGCAGUCUCAUCUGGACUCCUCAGCUCUUUGGCUUUCCCUCCACUUUCUCUCUCCUCUAUUCGUUAGGAGCAGAGGAUGAGCAUAUGGGUUCUGAUGUGGGUUCCAAGCUACCUCUUUGUUCUUCCGUCGCUAAUGGAACAAUAUGUUGUGAUAGAAGCGGUAUCAGGACUGAUGUCUGUUAUAUGAAGGGUGACAUUAGGACACAUUCAGCUUCUUCUUCAAUCUUCCUUUACACUCAAAAUGGUCCUAGAGAUUUUUCACAUAUGUUGGAAGACGAAGAUGAAAUUGUCAAGGAAUUGGAGUUCCAACGCGAAAAGAUUAGGCCUUACACUCGAAAAUGGGAGACUAGUGUAAUGAGCACGAUUGAUGAACUUUCCCUCGUGUCGAAGCACGUAAACAGCCUCUCGCAGCGUAAAUGUGAUGUUGUCCAUGAUGUUCCAGCUGUGUUCUUCUCGACAGGAGGGUAUACCGGAAAUGUCUACCAUGAGUUCAAUGACGGUAUAAUCCCAUUGUACAUCACUUCUCAGCAGUUUAACAAGAAAGUUGUUUUUGUCAUCCUUGAAUAUCAUAAUUGGUGGAUAACCAAGUAUGGGGACAUUCUUUCUCAUCUGACUGAUUACCCACCAAUCGAUUACAGUGGGGAUAACCGGACUCAUUGCUUUCCGGAAGCCAUUGUGGGUUUGAAUAUACAUGAUGAACUCACUAUUGAUCAGUCCCUCAUGAAACAGAACAAGUCAAUUAGAGACUUCAGGAACAUAUUAGACCGAGCUUAUUGGCCUCGGAUUAAUGGGUUAAUCCAAGACGAGGAAAGAGAGAAGCAACUCUUACAAUCUCCAUCCUCGACCUCUUUGUCUGAACUAGAUUACCAACCUAAGAAACCAAAGUUGGUCAUUCUUUCAAGAAGUGGGUCGAGGGUAAUACUGAAUGAAGACUCAUUAGUGAAAGUAGCAGAAAAGAUUGGUUUUGAGGUGGAGGUGUUAAGGCCAGAAAAGACGAGUGAGUUAGCUAAGAUAUAUAGGGUACUGAACUCGAGUGAUGUGAUGAUUGGAGUUCAUGGUGCUGCCAUGACACAUUUUCUUUUCGUUAAGCCUGGUGGUGUUUUCAUCCAAGUUGUUCCUUUAGGAACUGAUUGGGCAGCUCAGACUUACUAUGGGGAUCCAGCGAUGAAGCUUGGUUUGGAGUAUAUUGGAUACAAAAUUCUUCCAAGAGAGAGUUCACUAUAUGAUGAUUAUGAUAGGAAUGAUCCUGUUUUAUCAGACCCUGACAGUGUCAACGCCAAAGGAUGGGAGUUUACUAAGAAGAUCUAUUUAGAUAAGCAGAAUGUUAAGUUAGAUCUUAAGAGAUUCAAGAAGCGGCUUCUUCAUGCUUAUCAUCACUUAGCUCUUUCCCAAUUUUGAGCACCCUAUUCUUUUCUUCCUUUGUUAUGGGAAUGGCUUAUGGUUUCCCUGCCAACCAUGAACCAUUACAGAAACAAAAAUGUAUAUUAGUAUAAAGUAGUGGAUGGAUAAUGGAUUAGGAGGAAUUAAUUUUGUAGAGAAUGUGCAGUGUCAUGUAAAUGAAAUACGGAGUAGUAUGCAAAGAAUAAGAUUGGUUCGGCUAAUUGAAACA